CAAUGGUUAAAUGAUAGUGGUGAGAUAAGGGUGGACAAGCAGGUGUUAGUUGCAUUUCGAAUCGGUAAAUAUGAAGAUGAAGUGUUGUGUGAUGUAGUACCGAUGCAAGCAGGACAUUUGUUGCUAGGACGUCCAUGGCAAUUUGAUAGGCUUGUGAAGCAUGAUGGCUUUACGAACAAAUACUCCUUUGUACUUAAUCAACGAUCAAUCACUCUUGUACCAUUGACUCCGCAGCAAGUAUAUGAGGAUCAAGUGAGAUUGCAAAAAGAGAGUGAUCAAAAGAAAGAGAGUGAACAGAAAAAAAAGAGUGAAAACCAGAGAGAGGCUGAGAAAAAUGAGAGAGAAAAAGAAAAUCAAAAUUCGGCCAUUGAGAGAAAAUCAGAGAGAAAACAAAAGAAAUUUUAUGCAAACAUGGGAGAAAUUAGGCAAGCAAUGCAUUUUUUCAAUACUAACGAACUUGAUAUCUCUCUUCCUAGUUCUGUUGUUUCUCUUUUGCAGGAGUAUGAGGAUGUCUUUCCCGAGGAAACACCACAUGGCUUACCUCCAAUCCGAGGGAUUGAACAUCAAAUUGAUUUUGUUCCCGGUGCGACAAUUCCAAACCGACCAGCCUAUAGGAGCAAUCCUGAGGAGACAAAGGAGCUUCAACGGCAGGUAAAGGAGUUGUUAGAGAAAGGGUACGUGAGGGAGAGCUUGAGCCCAUGCGCUGUUCUAGUAAUACUUGUACCUAAGAAGGAUGGGACGUGGAGAAUGUGCGUUGAUUGCCGAGCAAUCAACAACAUAACGGUAAAGUAUCGUCAUCCUAUUCCUCGCUUAGAUGAUAUGUUAGAUGAGUUACAUGGUUCUUGUGUAUUUUCUAAAAUUGAUUUAAAGAGUGGUUAUCAUCAGAUUAGAAUGAAAGAAGGAGAUGAAUGGAAAACUGCCUUUAAAACAAAAUACGGUUUGUACGAAUGGUUAGUUAUGCCUUUUGGUUUGACUAAUGCUCCAAGCACUUUUAUGAGACUUAUGAAUCAUGUUUUGCGUGCAUUUAUAGGUAGAUUUGUGGUUGUCUACUUUGAUGAUAUACUAGUUUACAGCAAAAACUUAGAUGAUCAUAAGGUACAUUUGAAAUCUAUCUUAGAUGAGAUGAUUAAUACAAAGCAGAUUUUCUACAAUGAGGUAAAGCCGCCGAACGUCCACGCAAACCCUCUCCCCGAUCAAGGAUUAGGUUCAGGACCUUCUGUCAACAUGAUUAGCAUAGCUGCUAUCGAAGAGGAAGAGGAUGCAUUUAAGACUUCAAUUCCAUUCGUCAUCAACUAUGCUCCGGAAGAAGUUGCAUUCGCUUCCGUCCCGUUUGUCAUCGAGGGCCCAGAGCCUACAGACAAAGGGAAGGCCCCUGCCGCGGCAUUCUUAACCAUUCCAGAAGCUACUCCACUUCCCUCGAAGAAGGUCACUGAUCAAGAAGCUGAAGCCUUCAUGAAGGUGAUUAAGGCAAGUGAAUACAAGGUGGUGGAGCAAAUGGGCAAGUCACCAGCCCACAUCUCGCUACUUGCAUUGCUUCUAAGCUCCGAACCACAACAUGACGCUUUGUUAAAAGUCUUUACUGCUGCACAAAUUCCGAAGGAGACUACAACGGAUAAGAUCGAGGAGACUGUCAAUUCCAUCUUCUCAAAUCAAAUCUUUUUUACCGAGGAUGAGCUCCCAUUUGAAGCCUCUUGCUUGGGAGGCCAUGGAUUCAUGCCGCCGGCGCAGUUCCUUCAUCACUGCAUCAGAAGUUGA